AUGGUGAAUAGCGAUCAUAAAGUGAAAUGGAAGCUAAGAAGCACCGGGCAAGUAACACCACGUGCUGGCCAUUGUGUUGCAAAUAUUCCUGGUACUCCUUUCAUGUACGUUUUCGGAGGAAGUAAUAAUCAUUUAGGAGACCAAAUACCUUCAAAAGAGUUGGAUGUUUAUAAUUGCACCAAAGAAGGAUCUUGGAGAAGGGCUGGAUUAUCAUCCAAUGUAGAAGCUGAGGAUGCUAAAAUUCUACGACCAAAAGCAAGGAUCGGAGCAGUCAUGGUUGGAGUUGAAAGAGGACAAAUGAUCGGUGAAUUGAGUUAUGCUUCUACAACAAUUUCCGAAAAUCAAGAGCCUCAUAAUGCACUUCUUUUGUUCGGAGGCUGGCAUGAAGAUACCGUUCUAAAUGAUUUGUGGAAAUUUAAUUGUAAAACUGAAAAGUGGAUCAAUUUAACUGAUAAGCAAAAGAAUCCACCUCCAGCACGUUCAAACCAUAGUGGAGUUCUCAUUGAUAACAAUUUCAUUAUAUUCGGAGGUCUUGGAGAAGAAAUUGAAGAUGUAAAGCAAGACAUGUAUAUAUUAGAUAUACAGACAUUAAUUUGGAGAAAAAUUUCACUUGAUGACACCGAUGAGAAACCACCUGCAAGUAGAUCACAUGCUUGUUGUGUGCAUAGGAAGUCAAUGGUUUUAUUUGGAGGAGGAACUGAGAAAGUAUGCUUUAACCACCUCUAUAAAUUCGAUUUAGAAGUAGAAAGAUGGUUUAAGAUUACCCCAAAUAAGAGUGAAGAAUUAUUACAAGCAGAAAAAGACCCAACAAAACCGAUAUCCUCAAAUCUUGUGCUCACUGAACCUGAACCUCGCAUGUUUUCAACAGCUGUUGUUUAUGAUUUAGAUAGAAUGUUUGUAUUUGGUGGCAGAAACGGAAAACAAAAGAUUAACGAGGUUUGGCAAUUUGAUUUUGCAAAUUUACAAUGGAAUUUGAUGCAAGUUGGAGACUAUCUAGAAGAUGAAUCCAACACUCUUGUCCUAAACGAUGAUGACAUGGCUGGUUCUGAUGACUUUGAUCAACUUACUCUUCAAGCUUCCUUACCGACAACAAACAAUGAUGAUGCUAUGAACGAUGUUUCACCUCUUCCAUCUCCUUUAACUCCAUUUUCAAGCAAAAAAAGACCAACCAAGCCAACACCAAGAACUGGUAUGGGCAUGGUAGUCGUCACAACAGGAAAGCAAUUAGGUCCCAAGACCCAACGAAUUUUAAUAUUUGGAGGAAAUGACGUCAAGAAAAAGUUAAGCGAGGUUUGGGAAUUAAUUGUUAAUCCAAGAGAGUUCUCAAAACGAGUUGCAGCAUUGAUAGAAUCUCCCAAUUUCUCAGACAUUAAUAUUAAAGUAUUUUAG